GGCUGGGACCCGGCCUGAACUUGGCACAAAUAGGGGCCGGAGCGGGCGGGCGCGGCAGACGCGGAGGGAGGCAGCGGCGAAGGGGCGCCCGGGCCCUAGUGCAGCGUAGCGACCGGCGGGCGCUGGGCGCGGCCCGUCCCCUGGCGCCAUGAGCUCAUCCCCAGAGGAGCCGCCUCGCCCGGCCUCGCCAGCCCAGCUCUGCUUCGCCGAGGAUUCCCCGGCCCUGCUGGCGGGGGGGGCCAGCCCGGCCGCGGGGGGCCCGGCCCGGCGCAAGCGGGAGUUCACCCCGGAGGAGAAGAAGGACGACGGCUACUGGGACAAGCGCAAGAAGAACAACGAGGCGGCCAAGCGCUCGCGGGAGAAGCGGCGCGUCAGCGACCUGGCGCUGGAGAGCCGGGUGCUGGCGCUGCUGGAGGAGAACGCCCGGCUCAAGGCCGAGCUCCUGGCCCUCAAGUUCCGCUUCGGCCUCAUCCGCGAGCCGGCCGAGCCCCCGAGGCCGGCCGCCGCGCCCGCCCCCUACCCGUACCCGCUGGGCACCGAGCCCCUGCCGGCACCGCGCUACGGCCGCCCCUUCCAGCCGGAGCCGGGCGGGGGCUACUCCGAGGACUCCGGCUUCUCCACGCCCGGCAGCUCCAGCAUGGGCAGCCCCGUCUUCUUUGAGGAGCGGGACGGGUUCGAGGGGCCCUGCCUGGUGCCCGAGGCCCCCGGGGAAGGCGGGGAGGCAGGCCGGGGAGGCCGCUAUGACCCGGCGGGGGAUGCCGUCAAGAGCCUGCCCCACAAGCUGCGCUUCAAGAUGGCCGGGGGGCCCGAGGAGAUGGGGGGCGAGGCCCAGGCCCCCUAUGCCCCAUCGCCGCCCGCCGGGGACUGGCGGGGGGGCACAGCUGGAGGGGAGGACCAAAGGAACGGGGCAGCAGUGUCAGGGGUGGGGGCUGCGCCGUUUGGGGGGUGCUAUGGAACUGGGGGGUCACCCCCCCUCCCACUCCAGGAGCCCGGGUACCCGACGGAGAACGGCGCCCUCCGGAGCCAGCUGGCAUCGCUGUCGGCCGAGGUGGCUCAGCUGAAGAAGUUCUUCUCCGAACAGAUCCUGGUCAAGAUGAACUGAGGGGUGCGGGGGGGGAGGGGGUGGCUGGGAGCAGCUGUGGGUUUUCAUUGCCCCUCCCUGGGGCCCUUCCCCCCAUGUUCGCGUACCCCCUUCCCCGUGUAUAUUUGUACAGAUUUCCGCCCCUGGGGGCGCGUGGGGGGGUUUCUAUCGUGUAUCCGUCGCCGGAGACUUUUAAAGUAAUAAACAUGUUUCUUGGGGGAUGCGCCCUGUUUGUUUGGGUGGCUCCCCCAAGAUCCUGAGCAGCACAGACAAGAUCAGACCUGGGGGCCCAUCUACCCCAGUCUCCCCCCUUCCCGCCCUCCGCCAUGGCAGAUCACUCCCAGCUGCACAUCCCUGACAGCCGCUUGCCCCGCGGUAGGGAUGGCUGUAACUUGUGGGGGGGGGAUCCUAUACUGCCCCCCCAAUGCAGGGGGGCAGGAGCCGGAAGGGAACUCAGAUGGGCAACCCCUCUAGCUGGCCACAGCGCCCCCCUCUGCCCAUAGGGCUGUCGUGCAGCGCCAGCCCUUGGUGCCGUGGUUGGAUCUGAACCCAGAUCCCACCUCCCUCCCAGAGCACUGCCGGGUAGCAGCAUAGCUCCCGUGCCAACCA